AACCACCUCACCCCAAACAAGAAUCUCUAUCCCGAUCCCAGGCCUCCCAAAAUGGACGAUCCAGCCUUCGAAACGCCCUCCCUCGAUCUAAACACGCAAACCAUCCUCCUCCACGCCUCCAACCACGACCUCGAGGCUCUCAAACCGCUCCUCCGCAUCCCAGGAAAUGCCAGCGUGCAAGAUCCCGAGACGGGGAUGACGCCGCUACACGCGGCUAUUAGCGCCUGCGGACCUGCUGCGGGGACUGCUGGGUCUUUGGGGGAGGGAGAAGAGGGGGAGGGGGGGGAGGAGGUCGAUAUAGAAAAGGCGAAGGAGGUGGUGAAGGAGCUGUUCCUGGCGGGGGCGAUCUGGAAUGAUCUAGAUGCUGAGGGGGAGACGCCCGGGUGUGUAGCGUGGCGGCUGGGAAGGAAGGAGCUGUAUGAGUUGGUUGUGGAGGCGGGGGUGAGGGCGGAGAUGCUGUUGGGGUUGAUGGGUGGGUAUGAGGCGUUAGAGAGCGGGGAGGAGGAUGAGGGGAUGGAUAUUGAAGAAGAAGAAGAAGGUGAAGAAGGAGAUGGAGUUAUCGUCGUAAGGAAAGGAGAAGGAGAAAGCAACGCGAAUGCCGAUAUAACAACGGGUGAAAAACCGCAGGAAGCAAAAAACGAGGAACCACCAAAGAAGGAUGUGAAUUCCGAGGACUACCUGAAAAGCGCGCUGAAGUUCGAAGACGAUAAAUUGCUCGAUGAAGAUGCGAAUGGUGUCAUGAUGGCUUGGGAAACAGACAUCAUGCGGCGUAGCGUGGAUCUCCUCCUCCCAGACCUGAAGCCGGGGGCUCGCAUCCUGAAUAUCGGUUUCGGCAUGGGUAUCAUCGAUCGUAUGUUCCGCGCCACCUCUCCCCUAUCGCACCACAUCAUCGAAGCGCACCCCGCGGUCCUCUCAAAGAUCAAGGAGGAGGGUUCGGAUUUCGGCGCAGCGUGGGAAGCGUCCGCGCCCGAGGGAGGGAAAUACGUAGUCCACUCAGGACGCUGGCAGGAAAUCGUGCCCAAGUUGUUGGAAGCGGGCGAGGUGUUCGAUGCUAUCUAUUUCGAUACCUUUGGUGAGGAUUACACACAGCUUAAGCUGUUCUUCUCGGAAUACGUCGUCGGGCUCUUGUCUCCGGAAGGACGGUUCGGCUUCUUUAAUGGCCUGGGUGCGGAUCGCAGGGUGUGUUAUGAUGUUUAUUGUAAGGUUGUGGAGUUGGAUCUGUGUGAUGCGGGUAUGGACGUUGAGUUCACGGAUGUCCCGGUUGAUCUCGAGGGGAUGGGAUUAGGGAAGGAUGGCGAGGGAGAGUGGAAGGGGGUCAGGAGGAGGUAUUUUGCGGUUGAUUUAUAUAGGCUGCCGAUAUGUACUUUCAUGGGAUAGAGGUCUUAGUGGAAUGGGAAAGGAAAAGUUACUUUGGGAUGGACAGAGAGAUAGAUACCCUUGCAUUAUAAUAUGGAUUACGAAAAGAGAGCUAUAUAUCCUCGUACCAA